AUGGCAGAAACAGAAGCCACAGCACCCACUGAACAACCAGUUCUGGAGGAGAAGAAGCUGAAAUAUCUUGAUUUCGUCCAAUUAGUGACAAUAUACGUGGUCGUAUGUUGCUCGACCAUCUAUGAAUAUGCCAAAGAAAACUCCGGUCCGUUGCGAGCUGGAGUUCAGACCGUCGAAGGUGCGGUCAAAGCUGUUGUCGGACCGGUUUUUGAGAAAUUCCAGGACGUGCCUUUUCAGCUUCUCUAUUUUGCAGAUCGAAAGGUUGACGAGUCAAUAAUCGAGUUGGAAUAUCACGUGCCGGUUCUUCUCAAGCAGGUUUGGACGGCGGCUCGAGAGCUUGUGUUCGAGGUGCAGCGAGCCGGCUUUGUGGACAUCACCAAAACGGCUUACAUCAAGUACGAGCCAGUAGCCGAGCAGUACGCAGUCACGGCUUGGCGCUCCCUCAACGGGGUCCCCUUGUUCGCUCAACUGGCUCAAAUUAUGGUCCCAACCGCUGCUUAUUGGGCCGAGAGGUACAACCAAGCUGUGGCUUACACGGCUGAGAGGGGAUAUACGGUGUCGUAUUACAUGCCUUUAGUGCCCAUCGAAAGAAUUUCCAAAACAUUUGGAGCAGACGAGAAUGUGGCGGCGGAUGUUUCGGCCAAUGGAGGGGAAUGAAUAUGUGGCCCUCCCCUAACAAUUUGGUCAUUUUGUUCACUAAUACUAAAUUUUGUUUUUGGAAUUUGGAUCUCUAGUACAUCCAAAACUUCCAUGUUCCAUGUGUAUUGUUUGUUUCCACAUUUUGGUUAAGGGUGUCUCUCCACCUUGUCAGCUUUUCAACUUCAAACCUUUAAUAAAUUAGUAAAAUAUGUGUUUUUUGAUUUUCCAACCCUUUUUUUUCCC